CAGAGCUCUUCCUGGACGCAUUGCUUGGAUACGCGCCGGUGACGUCAUCACGCUGCGUUUUGGCGCCAGCGUUUUUAAAUCAGCGUCUGUGUUCCCCAUCUUGCUGCCUGUUAUCCAGACGCUGUUUUGGCUGUUUAUGCCCUGAGCCUGCUACUAUUUGCCUCCACAACUGCACUGACCCAUGAGUUCUAGACGAUCUAGAUCCGCUGCCAGUGGGAGCCCACAUCAUAGGCAUUCUGAUAGAAGAAGAGAUGAUGAUCGUGGGAGGGAGAAGUCUUGUAGAAAGGAAUGUAUUUUCUGCUCUUUGCCGGCACUUCAAGAUAAAAAAGUUUGUCAGAGCUGUUUUGAUCAAAAUAAUACCUCCCAGUCUUCUGAGCAAUUCAAUAAAUUCAUGUCAUGGAUGAAGGAUUCCUUUAAUAAAUCUAUGUCUGACAUGGUUGAAAAAGUUACAGAUAAUGUACUUGCUAAAGUUUCUGCCAAUCAACCAUCCACUUCAUAUGCUACAGCAGAUUUAGCUGUUCACAUUCCUGACGAUAGUGUCUCCUCUGAUACACAAGAGGAAGGGGAAGUGGAUUCAGAUGAUGAGUUGUUUAAUACAUCUUUCAUAGAGCCUUUAAUUCUGGCCAUGAGGAAAACCCUUAAUUUGGAUGUUCCUUGUGAACCUUCUUCCCAACCAGACCUGAUGUUCAAAUCUUCCAAAAAAAGCAGUGUCUUUCAUAUUCAUGAUGUUGUCAAAGCCACAAUUAAAUCUGAAUGGGAUGUCCCUGAUAAAAGAUUUUUUCUGUCUAAAAGGAUGAAAAAAAUGUAUCCUUUUCCUGAGGAUCAAGUUAAACAAUGGGUAUUACCCCCUAAGGUUGACGCUUCAAUCACCAGGGUGGCAAGAAGAACAACCUUGCCUGUGGAUGAAGGGGUCUCCCUAAAGGAUCCUAUGGAAAGACGGCAGGACUCCAUCCUUAAAAAAGCCUAUAGUGUUUCAGGAUCUAUUUGUAAACCUUGUGUGGCUAUUACCUCCUUAGCUAGAGCUAAUAAGAUCUGGUUAAAUAAUGUUGUGGAAGCCUUACAGCAAAAGGUCAGCAGAGAGGAAAUUCUAAACUCCCUUCAUGAGAUUCAAUUAGUCAAUGAUUUUUGUGCUGAAGCUUCUAUGGAUAUCCUCAAGUUGGCAGCUAGGGAUAUGAGUCUGGUGGUGGCAGCUCGUAGAUCCCUAUGGCUCAGACAUUGGUUUGCUGAUACACCAUCUAAGCAUAACCUUUGCUCCCUCCCCUUUGAAGGAGAUCUUCUUUUUGGUCCAAAAUUGGAGAAUAUUAUCUCUAAGACGUCGGCUGGCAAAUCAGCCUUUCUACCCCAAGAUAAGAAAGAGAGAAGAACAACUUUCAGGGGUAACAGACCUUCAUUUAAAGAUGUCAAAGCUUACCGCCCAGGCAGAAAUUUUCAGAGGCAAUCCUGGAAGACUAAGCCUCAGCCCUUUCAGGUUAAGAAAGAUUCCAAACCUGAUAGAAAUAAAUCCUUCUGA